AUGGCCGGUAAACAGAAAGGCGACAACAGCAAGAAGGUUGCGGGCAAUGCCCGCAAGGCAGAAGCAGCUGCCCAGAAGCAAGCCGCGGAGGACUCUCGUCAAGAAGCCGCCGAGGCCGACAAGUGGAACAAGGGAGCCAAGAGCAACGCCAAAAAGGAAGCAGCCGCCGCAAAGGCUGCUGAGGCUGAGAAAAAGAAGGCCGAGAAGGCCGCUCUAGAGGCUGAGGAUGAUGCCAACACUCCCGCAAAGGGCCCCAAGAAGAGCAAGGCUCCUGUCAAGAAGUCGCGCGGUCUUGACCUUUCGCAACUCGACGACGACAAGCCUUCAGACAUCAACGCCACCGGUAUCGAUAACGCCCUCGAUGCUCUGUCUCUGACAGGAGGCAAGGACGAUGGAAAGGUCGACCGACAUCCCGAGCGACGAUACCCCGCCGCAUACGCCAAGUACGAGGAGCGACGACUCGACGAGAUGAAGAAGGACGGCAGCGGUGUCGGUCUGCGUCUGGAUCAACGAAAGACCAGAAUCCGAAAGGAGUUCGAGAAGCACCCCGACAACCCUUUCAACCAAGUCACAGCCUCAUACAACGCCACCAGGGACGACCUGGCGACCAUCCGCUCACAGGAGAAGGCCAAGAUCGAGCAGCGCCUCGGACGAUAA